CGCGCAGCAGGACACAGCGGCAGUGCCGUGGGCGCGCCUUCCGUGUCGGAUUCGUUCGCUGACAGCCAGCGGUGCGAACUGGACUCAUCAACGGCAAGCGAUUCAUACCUCUCACAUUAUCAACCAAAUUACACUCUGCGGGUGAUUUCUUCAUCUCCUUUUUAGCCGCCGCACUCUCCCUCCAAAAUGAAUCCACUGUGUAGCAGAUGUAACCGAGUGGUGUAUCCCACGGAAAAAGUGAAUUGUCUUGACAAGUACUGGCAUAAAGGAUGCUUCAGCUGUGAAGUGUGUAAAAUGACUCUAAACAUGAAGAACUACAAAGGCUUUGAAAAGAGACCAUACUGUAAUGCACACUAUCCGAAGACAUCAUUCACCAGUGUUGCAGACACCCCCGAGAACCUGCGCCUGAAACAGCAGAGCAAGAUGCAAAGCCAGGUGCUCUAUAAGGAAGAAUUUGAGAAGAGCAAAGGAAAAGGCUUCAGUGUUGUGGCUGACACACCAGAGAUGCAGAGAAUCAAGAAAACACAAGACCAAAUCAGCAACAUUAAAUACCAUGAGGAGUUUGAAAGGAGCCGAAUGGGUGGGGAAGCUCCACCUCAUCACCCACAAACACCGCAACAACACACAACUCCAGCAUAUCAGCCCCCAGCAGCAUCUCAGAACUAUCACUAUGAACCCGAGCAUGUGCGCCAGGCGGCUGCCGCCCCUCCUCCCAGCUCCGGGAAGCGCUACCGAGCCGUGUAUGACUACACCGCAGCUGAUGAAGAUGAGGUGUCGUUCCUGGACGGUGAUGUAAUCAUGGACGUGCAGCAGAUCGAUGAGGGUUGGAUGUAUGGGAGAGUGGAGCGCACCGGCCAGCAGGGAAUGCUGCCCGCUAACUACGUAGAGGCCAUCUGAAAAUGAGAGGGAAAAAGAUAGGGCAAGAAAAAGGGAGGGAUAAAAGGAGAGGGAGUCGCAGAUGAGUUGCUGAGUGCCAUUUCACCUUUCAAGAUCAUUUUCCACUAUUCCUGCACUAAUUGUCUUAUCAGGGGUCGACCCUUAUGAUCCAGUUACGAUCCAAAACAGGCAUAGUCCAGUAACCACAUACAGUAUAACCAAACACAGCAACAAUGCAUACACAAACAAAUAUCACACAUAUACGGUCAAUUACAAUUUACUAGUUUUCCCAUAUCAUUCUCAAAUAUGCAUUUCUCUGUGUAUUGCUUUUGCUGCCUGUCAGUCUGUCUCUUUGUUUGUCUUUUCUCAGUGUUUUCUCAGUCCUGAAAAGGUGCUGUCACAAGUGGCACUUAAGUCUUAAGAAGACUCGCACACACCUACACACAAAAUACAUAACCACAUAGGCCGCUGAAAUAUUUAGGGCCUGCUAUAGAGCACUUCAAACAUCUCAACACUUUUUAUCAGUUGCCAUGACAAUAAGUGAAAGAAAUGAUUUCAAACCUCAGUUCUGAGAUCUCUUUUUUUUAAACUACUUUUUGUUUGAUAUUUUAUUUUCAUCCUGUAAUUGUAUUAUGUGAUGUAUUUAGUACAGUUUCACAUCUCAUUGGUUGUGGGUCUGUGGCAAUGCUUGAACAUGAGACUUGGUCAUUCCAAUCAUUCCAUAUGUCUGGCCACUUGCAUCAUGUAGUGAAACAGGAAUCUAAAAGGCUCCUCUUUUUCAACUGGAUGUACUUAAAACUGUAAGAAAGGGGCGGAGUCUUGUGCUAUCAUUUACUGAAGCUUAUCUUUCACAUUCCUCCCUGUAUAAAACCAGUUAGAAUAUAUGAGCCUAAUUUAGUUCUGCUGCUCCUGCUUUUAAAAUGAAGAGGAAAUUGUGAAGUGAUGUACCUUACUCUUAACAAAAGGGAAAAAAGAAACUGUACAGUCACGGAACAAAAGGAGGAGAUUGUAGUAAAUUGAGCGCAAAGAGGAGCCCAAGCACAAUUCUAAGGACCAUUUUGGCUUUUAAUUUGAAUCAUUCCAUUUGUUCCAUUUUGUUUCUGAAGCAUUCCAUGUGCAUAGUAUGAAACUGUAUCUCAGAGCUGUUCUGUAAGAUGUUGUUAUUGAUGUUUUUGUUUGUUUGUUUUUCCUCAUAUCAUGCUUAUUCUCAUUGCCUUGCUGGUAUUGUAUGAGACAGAAUUUUAAUGUCAAUAUCAGUGGAAUAAAACCAAUCUAUUUGUAUACCAAGACAGGUGAGUUUGUCAAACAGCUAAACAGCUAAGCUUGUGGAAUUAGAAUGUUUUAGAACCUAGCAUGUAUUUGUCUCUUAACUGGAAACCAAUGACAUGUUGCUGUGCAAAGACUCUACUGAUCAUUGUUCUCUUAAAUGACAAAAUAUAGAUGCAGAGAAUGAUCAAAGCAAGUAAUCCAAGUGUUUUGACACUGUUCCCACUAAAGUGAAGUGUAAUAUUGGAUCUUUUUUUUCUGUGAAACAUUUUGUUUUCAAGAAUUACAUCAAUAUCUUUUGUGAGAGUAUUCUAUGCAUCACAUUUCUCUCAUGACAAUUGAUCAUAACCCAACAGCUGGUCCCACAUUUAUGAGGAUGCCAUUUCACGUGUAAAAAGCAACCAUGUCUUGGUGAAAUUGAUGUAAAUUCAUAGUGAUUGUACUUUUUUCUUAAGCAAUUUUAAUGUUUUUCUAGUAUAGUGAGUUUUUUUUUCAAUUUUGUUUUCUAAUGUUUUACUCAAUCGGGUGAGCCAUUCGGUGAUACAAGAUAUCUCUGCAAAAAUAUACUAAUCAGAUUAUUAGUUGCAUUUUUCUGGACACUCAACCUUUUGUUUCAAUCCAUUUUCUUGUUCCAGUCCAUCCUCUUGGACUUGAGUAAGUCAUAUGGGAAGUUAUUCUACUUGUUCACUCACCCUUUAAAGGAAACACUGUAACACUGUGGAAUGUCUCACAUUGAGUAAUGGUCAUUAUUAAAUGACAAAUCAGCAAAAAUAAACGGGGAGAUUUCAUUUUAAAAGGAACUAAAAGGUGGAAUUUGUAAUGUGAUGCCUACAUCGACCUUGUAAGUGUGUAAAUUGAAUGUAUGCAUAACGCAUUCAACCUAACAUCUGAGAAACAUGCACGUCACACCCAAACAUUUCUUUAUUCCGCCCCGAUAGAUUCACUCUAAUCCCAUUCGAAACAACCUUUUUAUGUCUGCGUCAUAGAAUAUUUGUGUAGUUUCCCAUACAUUUAAUACAGACUGGUUUUUAGCAUAACCAAACUGCACUAAAAAUCGACCGACCCCCUCUCGUGUCACUGCCCGCUACAUCCUUCUAGAAGUGAGGAUUGUAGUGUAGCGGGGAGGGGUCUUCACAAUCCGACCGUCCUUUCUCAUGUAAACACCUGCUUGUGUGACUGGGCAUCUUUUGGACCCGCUGCUCUGCGGAAACGCAAACAUCAUGCUGGACGUCUUGUUAUUGAUGUUCUUCGCCAUCAUCGGUUUGAUGUUCCUCUCCUACAUCAUCUACAUGCUCUGAAUGCAGCGGCAGCAUCAAUGGACCGCCGCGAGAGUAGAUGCGUCAUUCACGUCCGCGGGAGGAAUUUAUUCACAAAGGUUGGCGAGGGCGAAAGACAUGGAGCUGUCUCUAAACCUCUGGAAAAACGGCAUUGUACUGAAACAACUGGAAGACGCAGGACACAAUUGCAAGAUGAGAUUUAACCCUUUCGUCGCCUUAUCCCUGGGUAACACAAACUGUUCCUGGCUGGAGCCUUUGACAUGUAUGAUCGAGCAAAAGGAUGAUACAAGCACUUCACAAAAACAAAACUCUUUAUUUGCAUUUUCUCGUAGAAGACACUAUUAACGUACGGUUUGUUAGAUUCUACAGACGCUGCCCUCCAUGGUUACAAUGUUUCCACAAAAUCCCAGGAUUAAAAUUUCAGUUUUACGGAUUGCUUUGAACACUCUGACCUGUGUAUUCCUCUGUCUAUGGUUUUGAAAAAAUAACUAAUCUGUUUGCAACUGUCAGUAUACAAGAAUUAACACUAUUUUCAAAUGCAUGUAUUAUAUGUCAAUGAUGGAUGUUCAUAAAUAAAUGUCUGUUUUUCAAAAUGAA